AUGAACGUGACGGAUGCGCUCAGGCAGCAGGAACGGACCCAACUGCUUAACAUAUUCAAAAGGUUCAAAGGAGAUAAAUGCCUUUUUUUCGAACAGUCCCUGCAUAUCAUUCUCAAUGUGGUCCUACACGAUGAUGAUCUUAAUAAAGAACACAUAGAACAUAUAUUCCUCCUGGACAAUGAAACAGAAAUUAAUGUGAGCAAGCUCGACAAGGUUGAAAAUGUCCUAUUCUUUUUACGCCCCCAUUUUUAUGAAAUAGAAAAUGUCUUUAAGAUAAUUGAAAGGCUUGCAAAAAAUGAAAACGAUAAGUUAGGAGGGGGGCAGCCCAUAGGAGGAAACACUCCCAGGGGGGACGAUAAUCCAGGGGGGGGUAGAAAGUAUGCUCUUGUCUUCAUUCCCUACAUGACUCCCAUGUGUGAAGCGGAAAUCUUAAAGCAUAAUCUUCUUGACAUACACAUUCGUGUCAUUGUCUUUCCUCUGUACUUCUUCCCACUGUACAAGGAUGUCUUCAGCCUCGAGAUAAAGGGACUCUACAAGGAGUAUUACGUGGACGGCGAUUUCACCAACCUCCUAAUGUGUUCCUUCAGCCUUAUGUUUUUACAACACCUCUUUCAUGGAGUCUUCAAAAGUAUAAAAUCCCUGGGACCUUUAUCACACUUCAUAGUAGAGCAAUUAAUACAACUGAGGAAGGAAAUUGUGUCGACCAACUUUGACAUUCAGGCGCCAAACAAAUUUGACGAAGACUUCCUAGACAUAAUGACCAAUUUGCAAAACAUGCAGGAUGUAAGACACUUCCGCGAAUCAGGACAACCACUCGUCAUCCCGGUCAAGUACGCUCUGCAUAAAAUUUUCCUUUCGGAGCGCUCAAGCCGCGACACCCGCUCCACUCGACGCAGGAAAGGCAGCAGCAACAGCAGGGAGACGCUCGAUAAAGGCAACCAGGAAGGGACCGCUUCAGGAAGAGAAACCCCCUCUGGAGGGAAGAAAAAAAAUGGGGCAAAAAAAUCCCAAACGAGCAUGGGCACGGGCACGGACGCAGAGCAGGAGGAAGAAGACGAAGCUGAGGAUGGUAGUGACGGUGAUGAAGAAGAGGGUGGUAGUGAUGGCCGAGAUGAGGUGGAAGACGACGAUGUUGCUGCUCAUGAUAACCGCCAUUUUGAUGACGGUGAGAACAACCAGCACCAUUGCGAUGCGUCAGAGCGAGCGGAACACCCAACGGUGGAACAAACAGCAAUACGAAACGAACAGUCCAUUAAAAGGGAAAUGCCAUCAGAGGAACCACUCUUACAAACGGGAGGAGUGCCAGACGAACAGGCAAAUACCGAUUCUGCAUCGGACCGGUCAAGGAACUCCAAAGAGAGACUCAAAAAAAGAGACACCUCCAACAGUCGUAGGGACGCAAAUACAAGUGCAAGCUCCUUAGGAAAAAGUGUUCUGAACAAGGAGGACGAAAUGAACCCCAGUACAGGGCCUAAAGCAGGGGAGAUAAAGGGACCCGUCAAAGGGGAACCAAGGAAGGGAGCAAACCCACGUUGCCAUCCCUCCAAAGGGAAAACUAAAAGGGUAAUUAAACCAUUGGAGAAGGAAAAAAACGACUCAGAGGAAGAGGCAUGUGCGGUGGACGAAGACUACGAGGAAAGCAGCUCAGCGAGCACGGGGCCUAACUUCAUGGCCAAGGAAGACAAUACAAAUUUCUUAUUAAAAAAAAAUGAAAAACAAAAAAUGGAACGAAAAAAUAAAAGGGAGAAAAACUACCUACAGGAAAAAUUAGGGAUAUCGAAUUUUAAUUUCCUCCUUAACGUGUGUAACAAAAUUGAUACCUGUGUAAUCAUAGAUCGGAAGGUCGACAUGGUGACUCCUUUUUGUACACCCUUCACAUACGAAGGCCUACUAGACCACCUGUUUGGUAUCUCCAAUUUACAAAUAGAAGUACCCAGAUACAUUAUUUUUAAUGAAAUGAAUAAUGCAGGGGCAGAAACCAAAGGGGAAAGAAAAGAAUACGAAAGCCAACAAAACAAACAAGCCCUAAAAAACAUGAUGGUCAGAAUAAAGUUGAAAAACUCUGUAGAUGUUCUGUACAAUGAUAUAAAGGACCUGAGUCCAAACCAAGUAGGGCUAUUCCUUCAUAACAAAGCUAGCGAAAUACAAAAAACAUACAAGGAAAAAGACACACUAAAGGAUAUAGAAGAGAUAAAUAAUUUUUUAAAAAAAAUUAAAGUGAAACAUUUUGAACACAAUUCUUUAUCGACUCAUGUGAAUCUCGCUUCCUUUAUCCUAUCCACAAUGAAAAAGGAAGCCAAUUUUAACAAACUCAAAUUGGAAGACGAAAUAAUUCAAUUGAAUACAACCUCCAAUAGGACCACUUUACAUAACAUCGUUCAACAAAUUCAACUUCUUAUAUACUCCAAUGAAGACAUAUAUGAAGUGUAUCGACUUUUGUGUCUCUUCUCCGUUGUGACAAACGGCUUCAGUGAAACAUUCACAAAUGAACUCAAAAAAGACAUUCUUGAACAUUAUGGCAUAAAUGAACUCACUCGUAUAAAUAAAUUACAUGUUUGUAAUAUUUUAAAACAUCAGUCCAAGCAAAAAUUCAUUUGGAGCCAUCUUAGAAACCACUUCAAUCUACUGUCAAAUGAGCAAAACGAUAUUUCAUACGUUUGCAAUGGGUACGCUCCUCUUUCCGUUAGGCUAAUAGAAUACAUGGGUAUAUUAAAAAACAACAUGCAGGCCUUUCCAGAGAUAUUUAAUCUUUUAAGCGGACCUACCCUCGACAUUGUGCAAAAUGCCGUUGGGUAUGGCAAGUUUGGAGUCGACAAGGGGAAGAACAAGGUGCCCUGGGCGGAAGACGCCGAGGGACAAAAGGACAUUGUCCUGCUCUUCUAUGUGGGAGGCAUCUCCUACGCGGAGAUCGCGGCUAUUCGUAACUUGAAUAGGCACAGCCACACCUACCACUACUUGAUAUUCACCACGGAGGUCAUCAGCUCCAGGCGGCUCCUGCAGGGGCUCGCCGCGCCCUAG